AACUUCAGGCAGUGAUUCCACUGGGAUAGUGACUAGUGCGGGCUCCGGACCUGGCAAAGUGCGGGCAGCAGUCACAUCCUCAUCCUUCCACAGCUACCCCCUGCAGCGGCCGCCAUGGCCGGGAUUGUACAUUGCAUUGUGUCCUCUCUGCUCUUUGGGGUGUGUGCAGCAGUCACAGGAUCCAGGAUUUACCCGGCCAGCGAAGUUACCCUCUUGGAUUCCAGGUCUGUACAAGGAGAACUUGGCUGGAUAGCCAGUCCUUUAGAAGGAGGGUGGGAAGAGGUGAGCAUUAUGGAUGAGAAGAACACUCCUAUCAGAACCUAUCAAGUCUGCAAUGUAAUGGAAUCAAGCCAGAACAACUGGUUGAGGACUGACUGGAUCCCACGAAGUGGGGCACAAAGGGUGUAUGUUGAGAUUAAAUUCACUCUAAGGGACUGUAACAGCUUGCCUGGAGUGAUGGGCACAUGCAAGGAGACAUUCAAUCUGUACUACUAUGAAUCCAACAAUGACAAAGAACGUUAUAUCCGUGAAACCCAGUUUGUUAAAAUUGACACAAUAGCAGCUGAUGAGAGUUUCACUCAGGUAGACAUUGGAGACCGAAUUAUGAAGCUCAACACUGAGGUCAGAGAUGUAGGGCCACUCAGCAAGAAAGGUUUCUACCUGGCUUUUCAGGAUGUUGGAGCUUGUAUUGCUCUUGUGUCUGUCCGGGUUUUCUAUAAGAAGUGUCCAUUGACUGUCCGAAACCUGGCCCAGUUUCCUGACACCAUUACAGGAUCUGAUACCUCUUCAUUGGUGGAAGUUCGGGGUUCUUGUGUUAAUAACUCAGAGGAGAAAGAUGUGCCUAAGAUGUACUGUGGAGCUGAUGGUGAAUGGCUGGUUCCUAUCGGGAACUGUCUGUGCAAUGCUGGGUAUGAAGAACGCAAUGGCGGGUGUCAAGCCUGCAAAGCUGGAUAUUACAAGGCGGUCUCGUCGGAUUUGGUGUGCUCCAAGUGUCCUCCUCACAGCUUUGCUCUUCGAGAAGGCUCAACAGCAUGCACCUGCGAUCGAGGAUAUUUCCGCGCGGACAGUGACCCGGCCUCCAUGCCCUGCACCCGACCCCCAUCAGCACCACAAAACCUGAUAUCCAACGUCAAUGAGACAUCUGUGAAUUUGGAGUGGACUGCGCCCCAAAAUACAGGAGGAAGGGCCGAUGUCUCCUACAAUGUGGUCUGUAAGAGGUGUGGUGCUGAUCUGACUCGCUGCCGACCAUGCGGGAGUGGUGUUCACUACACACCCCUGCAGAAUGGCCUGAAGACAACCAGAGUCUCCAUCACUGACCUACAGGCUCACACCAACUACACGUUCGAGAUCUGGGCUGUGAAUGGAGUGUCCAAGCAGAACCCUGGCCAAGACCAAGCCGUGUCGGUUACCGUGACCACUAACCAAGCUGCUCCUUCUACUGUGACCCAGAUCCAGCCAAAGGAGAUCACCAGACACAGCGUCUCCUUAACCUGGCCAGAACCUGACAGGGCCAAUGGUGUCAUCUUAGAGUAUGAAGUCAAAUAUUAUGAGAAGGACCAAAAUGAGCGCAGUUAUCGCAUUGUAAAGACUGGUUCACGUAGCGCUGACAUAAAGGGCCUUAAUCCCCUCACCGCCUACGUGUUCCAUGUCCGUGCCCGGACUGCGGCGGGAUAUGGCGAUUUCAGUGGACCCUUCGAAUUCACUACAAAUACUGUUCCGUCUCCCAUGAUCGGUGAGGGAGCCAGCCCUACUGUGUUGUUGGUGUCCGUAGCGGGAAGCAUUGUCCUUGUGGUCAUUCUCAUCGCAGCCUUUGUCAUAAGCAGAAGGCGGAGCAAGUACAGCAAAGCCAAACAGGAAGCUGACGAAGAGAAGCAUUUAAAUCAAGUUUUCAUCUUAUCCUCUUUAGGAGUGAAGACUUACGUUGACCCAUUUACGUAUGAGGAUCCUAACCAGGCAGUCCGUGAAUUUGCAAAGGAGAUUGAUGCUUCUUGUAUCAAAAUUGAGAAAGUAAUUGGCGUAGGCGAGUUUGGAGAAGUGUGCAGUGGGCGUCUCAAGGUCCCUGCAAAAAGGGAGAUUUAUGUGGCUAUCAAGACACUGAAAGCUGGUUACACGGAUAAACAGAGGCGGGACUUCCUGAGCGAGGCCAGUAUAAUGGGCCAGUUCGAUCACCCAAAUAUAAUCCAUCUGGAAGGUGUUGUCACUAAAUGUAAGCCAGUCAUGAUUAUCACAGAAUACAUGGAAAACGGCUCCCUGGAUGCAUUCCUUCGGAAGAACGACGGCAGAUUCACUGUGAUCCAACUGGUAGGAAUGCUGCGUGGUAUUGGAUCUGGCAUGAAAUAUCUCUCAGACAUGAGUUAUGUACAUCGGGACCUGGCUGCUCGGAAUAUACUGGUCAAUAGCAACCUGGUGUGUAAAGUCUCUGACUUUGGCAUGUCCCGCGUUCUGGAGGAUGAUCCCGAGGCUGCCUAUACAACCAGGGGAGGUAAGAUCCCAAUUCGAUGGACUGCACCGGAGGCUAUCGCAUACAGGAAAUUCACAUCGUCCAGUGAUGUAUGGAGCUAUGGAAUUGUCAUGUGGGAAGUCAUGUCGUACGGAGAGAGGCCUUACUGGGACAUGUCCAAUCAAGAUGUAAUCAAAGCCAUAGAAGAAGGAUAUCGUCUUCCUCCUCCCAUGGACUGUCCCAUCGCCCUCCAUCAGCUCAUGCUGGAUUGCUGGCAGAAGGAGCGCAGUGACCGGCCAAAGUUUGGACAGAUUGUUAGCAUGCUAGACAAGCUCAUCCGAAACCCGAACAGCUUAAAGAAGACGGGAUUGGAAGGCUCAAGAACAAACACUGCUCUUCUGGACCCCAGUUCGCCCGAAUGGUCACAGGUGGUCUCUGUGGUGGAUUGGCUGCAGGCCAUUAAAAUGGAGAGAUACAAAGAUAACUUCACAGCAGCUGGGUACACCAACUUGGAAGCAGUCGUCCUCGUGAACCAAGAUGACCUUACCCGGAUUGGUAUCACUUCCCCUGCACAUCAAAACAAGAUCCUGAGCAGCGUCCAGGGAAUGAGGACCCAGAUGCAACAGAUUCAAGGCAGGAUGGUUCCUGUUUGAAGUAACAGGACAAAGUUCCACACUCAGAACUCUUGAAAGAAAUUAGUUUACCUCAUCCAUGCACUUUAAUUGAUGAACUGCACUUUUUUUUAUUAGCCUCACCCCAUUGGACAGAGACUUUAAUUAUCAAAGGAGUGAGGUGAAACCCAUUCAACACAAAAAUAAAAUUUAGUCAUUUGUGCCACACUUACAGUAGACUGUGCAUCAGGAGGAUACAGACAUCCAUUGAAAAAGGACUGGGCGCUCAUGUUGCAGGAUUCAUAUGAUGUACAAGACUUCAGUCAUCUCAUUGUGGAUUGUUUUUGCAUGUCACAUGGACAUCUUUUUUUGGAAUGGGUGCAAACAUCACUCCAUAGUUGUUGGCAAAUGAAAUAACCAUGUCUUCUAUUGCUGGAGAUACAGACAAUUAUUGUGGGCAGAAUGAACCAUUGGAAGCUGUAUCCUGAGUGUCUUUGGCAGAUUUAAGGAUCCUGCGGUCAUGUGCUGGCUCAGAAAAUGAUAUCAGGAAUGUCCUUGAUUCUGAUGGAUGUGUGUUUCUACUACCCAAUGGCACCAAUGUAGAAAAGCAUAUAAAGGUGCGUAUUUAUUGCCAGUGGUAUAGGGCACCAGCCCCAUGGCUUUUCUGUAGGGUCAUCUGGAAGCAACAUCUUACUCUAGGGUUCAGUGUACAAGCCACACAGCAAGACUCUGAUUUCUGUCCCGGCUGUAUCAUGUUUCUCCCAGAUUUAGCACAAGUUAGGGAGGACUUUUAUUUUAUCAGAACCGACAAUCAGAGCAGAUGACGGUGGAUGAUAUGAAUUCUUGAACGCUCUAACAUCAGUAGUUUGAUGCUUUUCAUAGAUUACUUGGUUAGUCAUAAUUGAAUUAAGCAAAGAACCCUUUGUGGAAUGCAGAAAUAUUGUAUUUGUUUUGUGGUGCUGUAAAUGAUAGCUAUCUGAAGAUUUGCCUUCUUUCCUCUCUCAGAGAACCGCACUCUGUUUCCUACACUUAUCCAUGGUGAGCUCACGGUCCAGAGACACAACUGAACUGAAGCCAACAUGUUUUUUUUUUCCAGACUUCAGAGAGGCUUCCGCAGACUUCCCAUGUCACAGACACAGCUGCUAUUACUCCAGCAAGAAAAAAGUUCCAGCAGGUCUUCCUGUGUACUUCAUGCCCAACAAGAACCUGCCUCGUAAGAGGCCACAGUAUAACGACAAUGGAAGUCAUUUGAUGUUUACGAUUGAUGCCAUGUUUUCAGGCCAGGAUAUUGUGUUUGCCUUCAGUAAAUGGUGUUACUGAGGCCAGGCAAUCUCCAUUUUAUUUUCGUCAAUAAAAGGGAAUAAAGGCACUUCAGAUGCUGACCCAAGCCGAGCUUUUCUUUUGUUACACUGAACACUAAAGACAACAGGACAAUGGGUGGAGCAGAUAAGAGGCAGAUCACUAAGGAGUUAAUUUAUGCCAAACUAACCUUAACAAUGCGCCAAUGGGACAAUAUUUCUGUAUGGUCUAUCCAGAAGGUAACGAAGGAUGAUGCACUCCGGUCAAGGCCUGCUCCUCAUCUGUAACGGCCUCUAAUGUAAUAUGACAUUCCUUUCAAGAUAAAAGAAAAUUAUAUAUAUAUACAGUAUAUGCAAUGUAUCCGUUUUCAGCAUCUUACUGGUAACAGUGACAACCAGACAGAGCUGCCAAUUAAGUUUAUAUAUAUAUAUGGAAGCAAAGAUCUAUUUUAUAUAUAAACUUAUGUUUUUGUGAUUUACCCUUUGUGUUUGUCUGACUUCUGUCACCUCUGUACUGUGCAGACUGACCACAAUGAGGGAGUAGGAAUAUCAUCAGGAAGUCUUGUUGCCAGCAAGACCACUUUAGUGAGUUUUAUCACCAGAGUCUAUUGCCCUCCCUAUAGAGACUCCAUUCCUCCACGUGUGAGCUCUUAAAACCAGUGAUGCUAAGAAUGUUAUCAACAAUGAUGGUAAUAAAGAAAUUGCUGCCAGCUAUAUUAGAUUUUGAUAAGUUCAUAGACAAGGGUAACAAGCAUGUCACAAAAUCAGAUCAGGUUUCUUCCAUUCUGUAACACAGAUGUAGAAAAGUCUUGUAACUUAUGUCGAACAGCAGUUGUUAUUUACUCCAGAACAUUGAGAUCGAUUGCAAGAACAUUGAGAUAGAUUGCAAGCACAGUGUGCUCCCUUUAUGUGAAUAAAGGCAUUAUGGGUAAAAUACUGUUACAGGAUGUGUCUCCCAUAUCCGGAAUGCUUGGGACAGAAGUAUUUGUGAUUUGUGUAUAUUUUGGAAUAUUUGCAUAUCAUAAUGAGAUAGCUAAAUGCAUUUAUGUUUCUUAUACACCUUAUUCACACAGCCUGAAGGUGAUUUUAUAUAAUAUUUUUAAUAAUGAUGUGCAUGAAACAAAGUUUGUGUACAUUGAACCAUCAGAAAGCAAAGAGGUCACUAUCUCAGUCACGAUUUUUGAUUUCAUAUUUUCGGAUAUGGGAGACCCAACCUAUAUAGAAUUGCAGACUCAGCAGUAGACACUCGCAUCUAUAAUGAUAGUUCAACGUGCGUCAAGACAUUACAUACAAGCUGCAGACAAAGAGUGAUAAGCAUAUUAAUCAGUAUUGAUGUGUUACUGCCAAAAAUUCUAUAUAAUUGCAAGCAUUGUAUACCUAGCAAUACCCGAAUUCUGAUUGGAUCCAGUCAUUUCAUGCUUAUAAUAGGGCCUAAAGAUGUCUCAGGCACAGUUAUGAGCGGAAAUGUUAUUGAAUGAUAUAGUUCAGCAUUAGCAGUAUUUUUCACUUGCUAACAUGUACCUAAUCCUACCAAAUGUUAACCAGAGAAAUAAAAACAAAAGGGACAUUUAUAUUUUUUUGUGUCACUGCAAAUGAGGAAUUUUAAUUUAGCUUAUACUAAAAAGAAAAAAAACGGAAAAAAAAAUUAAAACAAAAAUCGUUCUAACAGAGCAUUUUGUUCUUGGUUCAUACAUUGUUUAGACUUGUUACAUUUUUCUAUUUUGUUUCAUUUGUAAUUUUUUUUUGUUGCUUUUUUUUGGCUUGGGGAAGAGUAACUGGUUCCUCUUCCCUGGAAUUUAGGUACGCAUAACUUAUCUUCUUUAUUUAUGGUCUUUUUAUACCUAGUUUGUAAAAUUGUAAAAUAGCAAAGUAAAUGCAAAUGUUUGCAUUCUGGACAAAAUAAAACAAACAAAAAAAUAAAAAAUAAAGUAGUUACUGAAUUCA